AUGGCGGAAGGGGGCCCAGUGGAGGCCAUCCUGGAGGAUUUCUUCAUAAUGGAUGAGGAACCCGUGCCUGAGGAAACCACUGAAGAGGGUGAAAUUGAUCUUUAUGGUAAUUUGACAUUCACCUCAUCAGCUUAUGCAGAACAAAAUGGGGUCAAAACCCCUUUAACAGAUCAAGAGCAAGCUCCUAAGGAUGAACCCGAGGGGCUGAUGGUGUCUGCUGCUGGUGAAGAGCAGCCCUGUGAUGUGCAAGAGGAGGACUCCAAAGCUGUAGAUACAGAGCCAAUGGUAGAAGAUAACGUUGCAGAGAAUGGAAGUCUCCAACCUGAGGCCAUGGAAGAAGAGGAAGCAGCCGUGGCUGAGCAGGAAGAGGGCUAUACAAAUGGAGCAGCAGGGGAGCCAAAUGAGCUGGGAGACCCAGCAGUCAUGAGAGCUGUACGUGGCCAAUCUGCAUUAGAGGUAAUGGAAAGCCCAAGCUCGGGAAUGUCCUGCGAGUCUUCUUAGCCAGGCUUGUGUUGCCUCCCAUAUUGAUCCUGUGAAGAAAAUAAUAUUUGCUAUUGUUCACUUCAGGCAAUGGAGAGGGCAUCCCUGUCCCGGGCUGAUUUAGAUUUCCUGGCCUCCCCAGUACAGAAGACUUUUCUGGAUUCUUUGGGCCGUGAGCAUUCAGUCUUCCAUGGAAGAACCAUCAAGCCCUCUUCUCAACAUUUCAUGCGGCAGUCUCCUGUGAAGCCCGGCUCCGUAAGGUCGCCCUACUUGUUCACACCACCCCGAAGAACACGUCGAGCGUUUGGUCUCAAUCAGAGACCAGGCUAUGCUUCCCCACCUCCAUUUAGACCAUUUUUCCCAAGUGCCAAUAGUCCAACCUGGUCCUUGACUCACAUUCCUGAUGUUCCGCCCUUCAGUCCAUCGACCGGCAGCCAACAGAAAUUCAGUUUUCCCAGCGCCAUGAUGCAGCUGCACCCUUUGCACCAGCGGAUCUUGACUCAAAGACAAAAAAGAGGGCAAAAAAGAAUGGCAUGUAGGGAGCCUCAGCCUCCAAAGAAGGAUCCCUAUGCAUCACUCAUGACUCUGGAGGAAAAGGACUGGGUGAUAAAGGUGCAGAUGCUGCAGCUGCAGAGCGAAAACCCCCAACGCAAUGACUACUAUUACCAGAAGUAUUAUCAUAAGCUGGAACAGAAGCAAGUAGAGAAGGGGCCCUUUGGAGGGUCCAAACCUGAGGUCCCCAAGCUUGUGACGCCAUACAUCCAGAAAGUGGAGACGUACGAAUCUGUCGUGCGGAUCCCAGGCUCUUUGGGUCAGGUGGCCGUCUCCACAUGCUACAGUCCCCGGAGGGCCAUUGAUGCACCACACCACAUUUCAUUGGAGCAGGCCAUCGGGAAUCAACGGCUGCAUGUGUUAUAUCAGAUCGAGAAGAUGUAUCUGGAGCUACUGGCUGCAGAGGACACUCAGCAGAAACUGGAGCUUUCACCUGAAGAGCAGCGUUCCCAUUUCCGUGAGCAACUGUCACAUCAGGUGGAGCAUAUGUAUCAGUCUCUGAGGAUCGAAGAGCACAACAGUGAAGAGGAAGCGAAAGACGAGUUCCUGCAGGUUCUGCUUGUGGGGAAAGGGAAGAGGUUGAUAGCCCGUCUGUUGCCGCACUUGUCGCAGGAGCAAGCCAAGCGAGUCCUGGUUGCAGUUGUACAGCACUUACCUCUUCUGAUUAAGAAGGACAUGCAGGAGGAGACCCUCCCCAUCCUCUACACCCCCCUCAGAGUUGUCAUUGAGCACUUGGACUUCAGUGAGCUGAUUGACGUUCUGCAGGAUCUGACCAAACUGCAUCCGGAACCUGUCAAGCAAUCCCUUUCCAUGAUCUUUGGGAACAAGUUUGCCAUCUCAUUCCUGUAUUUACUGCUCAGCCAUGGUGAGAGAUGCCUGUCUUCUGGCAUACACCAAAAUACCCACGAUGCAGAUUUUGAAAAAUGGGUAAAUACAGUGCUUCUCGUUGCAAGAGAGCUCUCUCACGUGCCUAAGGCCUCCAUGGUGGAGCCGCUUCACCUCCCCAGCAACCUCUUGCUCCUCUUUUGCCGCUAUGUAGACAAAGACAUCGUGACUUGCUUGGAUGACAAGAUGGAGUAA